UACAAAUCUGCUGGUUCUUGUUUUCUCUCAACUCUACAAUGUCCUUGCCACCCUAUACCAAAAACUAACAUUUAGACUUUUAACUUUAUAAACUACUUCUCUCACUAUUAGUUAGUUUUAAAGCAUUUUUUUAAAUUUUCUUCCUCCAGUACUUUACCGGUAAGAGUCUGCACCUACUACUUUUUCAAGCUGAAUAAAACGAAGAAAUGGACCAAUACCCAAGUCUCGCUUCGUCUCGUCGUAACUCUGCCGAUUCUUCCGUUUCUACUGAGACUGUGUCAUCGCAAACAACGCCAAUAUCUACUACACCACCAACUCCUAGUGAGUUUGAUACACAUAUCACAGCACUUCAGUCAGUUACAACAGCUCUUGUUUCAGACCAAGCUUCAAGAACACAAUCAGCUGAUGGCAGUGCUAGUUCAAGUCAUAGAGAAUCAAAAAGACAUGGUGCUAAACCUCCUCGUCAACUUCAAUGUUAUAAUUGCGGUAUAAAAAAUACACCACUCUGGCGUCGAACACCAGAUAGAAUGCAUUCACUUUGUAAUGCAUGUGGGUUAUAUUUUAAACAGUAUCAUGUUCAUAGACCUUUACAUAUUAUACAUAAAACUAGAACAACGUCAGCAAAAUCUUAUCCUUAUAUCUUACCCGCAUCAAAAGAAGACGAUGAUGAAGAUGAGGAUACUGAAGAUGAUACUGAUGUUGUUAUGGAAGAUUAUUCUGACCAGUCAUCCUCGGAACAACCAUUAGGGCAGGAAUCAAAUGGUGAAGAGGUAGCACCAGAAUUAGGAUCCAUCGAUUCACCGACAAGAACACCAACACCUACCCGUUCAAUAUCAGCGGUUUCUGAAAAUACGUAUAUGCGUCCGACUGUAACGCAGACAUCCACACCCGUUGCAUCGCCAACCAUAAGACCUGCAAAUAUGCCAUCAACAGCCUUACCAAAUACAUCUUCCUUACCACCUCCAUCUUUACAUCCUUCAACUAUACCACCUGCACCAUCUACCACGAUAGCACCAUCAACGAUAUCAUCAACGAUGGCUGAUAUACAAAUUCAAUGUGCUAAUUGUGGCCAAACACAAACACCCUUAUGGCGAAAGAAUGAUAAAGGACAACCAUUGUGUAAUGCUUGUGGAUUGUAUGCUAAAUUGCAUAAUAGAGACCGUCCUAUCGCUAUGCGUAAGUCAAAAAUUCAACGUCGUCGUCGCGAUUGGAACAAAUAUGGCCAUAUUGAAGAUGGUCAUAAUACUGAAGAUUCUAUUGAUGGCAUAAAUUCAUUGAACGGAAGUCCGAUGUCUUCAAAUAAAUCUAUUACAUAUCACACUAUUCUUCCUAAUCAACGACCUAUAAUGCCAAUGAUUAUGUCGCCAAGUCAUAUUGCACCUGCUCUUUUAACUUUGGCUACAGCUGCUACUUGUCAACGAGAACAAAUUCUGAUGGAAGAACGCCGUCAACAACAACAACAGAUGCAGGUAGAUACAACGGAUGAACAUAAAGAUCAAAAUCCUGUUCUUUCUGCUUUCCUUACGCCACAAUUUGAUAAUAACGAUGAAUCCAAGUUCAAAUCUUUCGUAGAUCAAAUGUCUAGAAAGGAGAAGGAAGAUGCUUUGAGAAUAUUUGAAAGACGAUGUGAAAUUUUGAAAGAAGCUUUGGGAGAUCCAUAAUAGGCUUUAAUCAGUAUCUCAAAUUUCUUAUUACGUUUGUCAAAGUAUUCCGGAGCUUUGUUGAUUGAGUGUUAAUAACAGGAACACAUCUCAUUAUUCAGGUUAUUGUUAUGGACUAUCUUGAAAAACUUUAUUGAUAGAAAAUUUUAAGAUAUUGUUUACAUCAAUUAUAUAUUAUUUCCUUUUUAUCCCCGAUUUUUUUAAAAAAAGUUUGUUGU